GUUUUUUGUUUCAUCGAAUAAAUUACUUUUCUAUCUUUCUUUUUGUCAUUUCCCUUCGCUUACUUUCUCUAUUGCUCUUAAUCUACUUUGCCUCGGCGCUUGCUGCAUUCAAAGUGAGGAACUUCGGUGUCUUUGAUCACUCUCUGGUUAGCUUUCUUAGAUAAACUAUUUACAUCUCUUUUGAUUCUACUAUUUACCUUUCACAUGGUGCUGCCUAAGUAAUCUCAGUUUUAAGGGUCUUGGUGUGAGUUGUUGAGGGUUGUUUAUUUAAUGGGGAAAGGUUCAAAAAUCAACUGCAAGUCUGCAUCCCACAAACUCUUCAAGGACAGGGCAAAAAACCGGGUGGAUGACCUGCAGGGGAUAUUCUUGGAUCUGCAAUUUGCCAGGAAGGACAGCCGCAGCAUAGAUGUCGUAGUCCUUGAGGAGCAAGUCCAUCAGAUGCUCCGUGAAUGGAAAGCUGAGCUCAACGAACCUUCUCCGGCAUCUUCAUUGCAACAGGGAGGGAGUCCUGGUUCAUUUUCAUCGGACAUUUGUCGGCUGCUUCAGCUUUGUGAGGAGGAAGAUGAUGCAACCAGUGUACUAGCUGCUCCAAAGCCUGAGCCUAAUGAUCAAAACCUGCAAGUAGGAGAUACUGCUGCUUUCCAAGAGGGUUAUGGAGUUAAUCAGGGGCAGCAUCAGCGUGGCUUUCCAUUAAUUGAUCAUUGCAAAAAUUCGCCUUCAGGAGUCCAUGCCAUGCCAAUUAACAACUUGGAAGGGGCUACUCAAUUGGAAUACCAUCAGAUUGAUUUACAUCGGGAUUUUGAACACUUCUACACAGGUUACAAUGGUACAGGUUUCGUUGGGGAGGAUGCCAUGCUUCAUACUCCUAGCUAUCUGCCAAGUGUAUGCCUGCCAGUGCCACCAUCUGCAUUCUUAGGUCCAAAGUGUGCACUUUGGGAUUGUCCAAGGCCUGCUCAAGGGUUGGACUGGUGUCAAGACUACUGUAGUAGCUUUCAUGCUAGUUUAGCAAUGAAUGAAGGGCCGCCUGGAGUGGGACCGAUUCUGCGACCUGGUGGCAUAGGCCUCAAGGAUGGACUGCUCUUUGCUGCUCUCAGUGCUAAGGCACAAGGAAAAGAUGUGGGUAUACCAGAAUGUGAGGGAGCUGCAACUGCAAAGUCUCCAUGGAAUGCUCCUGAGCUCUUUGAUCUUUCAGUUCUUGAGGGUGAAUCAAUGAGGGAGUGGCUCUUUUUUGAUAAGCCUCGAAGAGCAUUUGAAAGUGGGAACAGAAAGCAGAGGUCUUUGCCGGAUUACAGUGGGCGUGGCUGGCAUGAGUCAAGGAAGCAAGUUAUGAAUGAAUUUGGAGGACUAAAGAGAUCAUACUACAUGGAUCCACAACCAUUACACCAUUUUGAGUUGCACCUCUAUGAAUAUGAAAUCAACAAAUGUGAUGUUUGUGCCUUGUAUAGGUUGGAAUUGAAGCUCAUUGAUGGCAAGAAAAAUGCGAAGGGGAAAUCAGCAAACGAUACAGUCGCUGAUCUGCAGAAGCAGAUGGGAAGGCUCACUGCAGAGUUCCCUACUGACAACAAACGCUAUGUAAGAGGAAGGGCUAAAACUAAUGCAAAGGUCUGUGUCGGAAAUCAUUAUUCUACUCAAAACGUGGUGGCACCAUCAAGUGAGAAGUUUGAUUGCGGACAUGGAUUACAGUACGACUAUCUUGUUGACAAUUUAAGUGGUUAUUAUCUAACAUAGUCAAAGAAAGUGGAUAAAAAAGCUGAAAUAGCUACACCCAUUCAUCUAGUUUUAUUAUAUAUAUCUGCUAAAGCUUUUAUCGAAGAAGUGGUGGGUGGAUUCUUCAUUUUCACUAGUCCAUUCUGAAGUUGUUAAUUACUCGAAAACCAGGUCAAGCUCUUAUUUUUUGUGGCCAUAAAUUUGUACAGCACAUUUGCUCAUUGAAGUGCUCGUAUUAUUGGGUUGAUGCCUCGAUCUAACUUCUGGACAAGCAAGAGAAUUGGCUGUUUUUCUUCAGACCAUUUGAAAACCUUUAAGCAAAUUAUAUUUCUAGGGUUGUACCGAAGUCUUUCAGCUGCUCAUGAAAGAUGACCUCAGUCUGUAACUGAGUCUAUGUGAAUGGAAUACAUUCAUCGAGUCUUUAUAACUUGGU